AUGGCGGGAUAUGAUUGCUUGCCGAUGAAGAUGAAGAGGAAGGAUAUUGACCGAGUAAACGACGACUUCUCAGAUUUUUCCCUCUCUUCUCCUGCUAGAAAGAUUCGCCGUCUGGACUUAGAUUUGCCACCGAUUAUGGAGGAAGAGGAAAUCCAGUCUGCUCCUGUAAAUGAAGAGAGAGCGAUUGUUCUUUUCAAGCCUCCCCAACAUCAUUGUCAACCUUCUAGCGGACAACUUUUUGUUGAUAGAAACUUGAUUUCAGGGUUCAAGAAUAGAUUUCUGCAGAAUGCAGCUUUAGAUGAUGAUCUCUAUGAUGAGGAUGACAAAACAAACAAGCAUCAAGCUAUUGUUUGCUGGAAUCCAUCCCAGUUCCAGUUCUUGGAAUCCACAGGAACCAUUAAGGAAUCGCAUGAGCCAGAGAUUGUUGAGUUAGAUGGUGAAGAUACGAUGAUGGAGGAGGCAGCCAUGGAUGUGGACGAAGGAAACAGUGGAAGUGCGUCUCUGCCUCAACAGCAGCAGCUUGCGGAAGGGUCGUAUCAGUGGCAGCAGCAACUUCAUUGCAUGGUACCACAGCUUCCCCAAACCAACUCUACUCCUAUCUCUUGGUUCCCAUGA